UUUUGAACUUGUGUGUGGAUAGAAGCAGUCAACAUGGACGCUGCCGACGAAGCCAAGACGCGCGGCAACCGCUUCUUCCAGGAAGGUCAAUACCAGCAAGCCAUCGAUGCGUUCACGGAGGCCAUCUCCAUUGACCCGUCCAAUGCCGUGUACUACUCGAACCGAUCGGGGGCAUACCUGAAGGUCAACAAGGCCGCGCAGGCCGUGACCGAUGCCCGCAAGGUGGUCGAGUUGCGCCCAGAGUGGCCGAAGGGGUACUCCCGUCUCGGGACGUCCUUGUUCUACCAAAAGAAGUACGCCGACGCGAAAGCCGCGUACGAGAAAGGGCUCGCGAAAGACGCGAACGACGCCAACUUGAAGGACGGUCUCAAGAACGCCACCGCCGCGCUGUCCGGGGUCGGCGCCCCCCAAACGCUGCGCCAGUUGUGCUGGGACACGACCCAUGCCAAGUUCCGAACGUACCAGUUCGCCCUGCGCGCGCUGAUGAUCGUGAGCUUUGUGCUGUACUGGACCGCCGGGUGGGGCAGUCCUUCCCUGGCCGCGUUCUCGUUUGCGAACUUCUUCAAGCUGGCCGCGAUCAACUACGUGUCGUUCCUCGCGUACAACCACGGCACGCCCAAGCUCAACCAAGCGUACGCCCAGCGCCUGAUCAUGGACCCCGCCACGCAGUCGUUGCUGUUCGCGUUGCUCUUCUGGUUCUCGACGCCGUACGGACUGGCCCUGUUUCCCGUCGUUGCUAACGAACUCGUGCACUUUGCGUCGUUUGCCGGGUCGUUGCUCUUGGCCGUCAACUCAUCCUUGGGCUCGACCCUCGAAACCCACGUCUUUGAUCGCGUCAUGCCGUUCGUCGUGGGAGCGCAAACCCAAUGGCAUAUACUCAACACACACGCCAAGUGGGCGGCCGUGUACCACCGCGUGCCGUCUCUAGUCGCGACGUUGGAAGUCGCGAUUGGGUUGAGUCUGAUCUUGGAAUUGCUCACUCCGAACCGAAACUUUAUGCUGCUGCUCGUGUACUGGCAGUUGCUGCGCAUCCGAUACAUGAUUUCUCCGCAGCUCAAGAACGCGUUUGCCGACUUGGAUCGGGUGGUCACCACGGCCGCAUUUCACCCGCGCAGCCCUCCGAUCGUCGGCACGGCCUACUCCAAGCUCAAGGACAUGCUCGCCAAGAUGGUCGCCGUGCCCGAGCCAGGCCAGCAGCAAGCCGCGCCGUCGUCCAUGCCCAAGUGCUGCAUUAUGUAGAGCUAUCAACAUGGGACCAUCUUGUCAUGAACGUUUGUUGAGUUUGGAAUCAAAAGGGAAGCUUGUUCAAUGUAGUAGUACUACUGUCAGUACUAAUAAUACUGUACUAUUUCUA